AUGAAAGCAUUUAUUGCAUUAUUCUUUACCCUUGCCAUGGCUCUUACUGCCUACGCACAAACUAAUAAUCCUCAAAUCUCCGUUUACUAUCGAGGAUCUACUACCCCUAUGCGUGUAGGUUAUGGUACUUGUGUUCCUGCUAGAAAUGAAGCCAAUGCUGCCAUCACCUUGGCUCUCGUACCUCACUUCUCCUUAUGUACAUUGUACACUGAUGCCAAAUGUACAACCAGAGCUUUCCCUGAACCUUUGUCUCUUCCUCUUUUCCCUGGUGUCGCAUUACCUCUUCCCGCCGGUUCUUAUAGUUGUACUCGUUUGUUCCAAGGUCGAAACACUACUGCUCAACAACAACAACAACAACAACAACAGCAACAGCAACAACAUUCUUAA